AUGGAUGAACCUGAUAAACUCGUUUCAGAACUCAUUCAAUCAUCCGUUCACCUUAAAAUUGCUUGCAUAUCCCUGCGCGCUUGCUAUGAGGUCGAUGAAGAUGUCCCUCCUGAACUCCUCACCCUUCGUAACGAAGCUACGAUAAAUGCAAAAGUUUACUACGAAAAAAUUAUGCCAUUUGCAAAUUUGGUCGUUACAAUGAUUCAAAAUGUUGCGUUUGAUUUUAAGGCAUUGCAUCUUGAUGAGAUCAAAAAAGACAUUGAGUAUCAUAGAAAAAAGGCUCGUAAAAACAGUUGUUUAGCCAAUUAUACAAAAGAACUUCACAUGGGGAUUUCUCAAUGUUUCAAACAACAAGAAGAUCAUGCAAAAAAGAUUUUGGAAAAAUAUAGGUUGGACCUUGAGGAAUAUGAGGAACAUGCAAAAAUACUUGAAAGGAAAGCAGAUCACAGAUAUAUAUGGGCUAUUGCUUUGGCCUUUUUUCCUGGCUUAAAUUUGAUUGUAAGCCCCAUGUUAAAGAUCCAUGCAGAUGCAGAUAAAGCAAAAAGUCUUCGAUUGGUUGCUACGGCACUUGCAUUUAGAGAUACUCUCCCCAAAUCGUUGGAUAACUUUGCUAGUUCUUUAGAUAAUAUUUCGGGAUUUUUUAAUAAUCUCGAAAAUGAUCUGAUAUCUCUCAUUGAUGAUGAUGACGAUGGAAUUGAACAUCAAUAUAAUGCCUUUCGUCUAAAGGUUGAUGAUAUUAUUGAAAGUUGUAAACAAUAUAAAUCUUCUAUUCCUGGCUGUAUAACCGACCUUCGGGCGAUUCCCAUCCAUAUUGAUGAAAUUGAUGUUAAGGAAUGGUUUUGCAACAACUUACAUGAAAAAGAAGAUGGUAAAAUGGUUUCUUAUUUGGAUUGGGGGGAGGAAGUACUUUAUGAAAAUAAUCCUGCAUUACAACUGUUAAGAAAAUAA